CUCGUACAAGUAUACUGUUAUUACUGUAAAAAUAACGUGGUAAUCUUCAGAUCGUAUCUCCCCUGUCUAAGUCCUCUCUUCGAUCUGCAGCGGCGCGUUCUAACACCCGCUGUCGUAACUCACCUUUUCUCCCUCCAAAAUCUUUUCUUCUCUCUACUUCUGGAAAUUUCUACUAAUUUGCUUCAAUUCAAAAUUUCGAAUCGUAAAUAAUACUCUCUCAUCAAUUUGCUGAAAUUCCUUGGAUAUUCUGUACAAAUCGCUGCAAAUUCACUUCAUCUUUUAUCAAAUUGAGUUCAAAUCAUACAAAUUUCCUCUGCUGUGUUGUAUGAUCCAACAAUGGCGAAAAUUAGGGAUAGGACUGAGGAUUUCAAAGAUGCUGUUCGCCGUCAAGCCGUUUCUUUCGAUUACAACGAGUCUAAAAUUGCUGCUAUAAUGGCGUCAUUCAUAAUACACAAGCCUCGCGAAAGGACUCCGUUCAUGAAAUCUUCGUUGAAAACACUUGAGAGCAUUGGAGAGUUGGAAAAAUAUUUGAUGAAACAUAAGCGCGAUUAUGUUGAUAUGCAUCGGACUACUGAACAAGAGAGAGAUAGCAUUGAGCAGGAAGUUACUUCUUUUGUUAAGUUGUGUCAAAAGCAGAUAGAGGUUCUAAAAGCCAGUAUAAGUGAUGAAGAAGCCAAUUCGAAGGGCUGGCUUAGUAUGAAUACAGAUGGUUCAAAUGCUGAUAUUAUUGCACAUAAACAUGGUGUGGUUUUGAUUUUGAGUGAAAAGCUUCAUUCAGUUACAUCAGAAUUUGAUCGGCUGAGAGCUAUACGGUUCCAAGAUACACUUAAUAGAACAAUGCCCAGAAGAAAAAGAAGCCGUGUCCCCGAUAAAAUUUCAACAGAUCGUUUGAAAUCAAAACAUCCAGAGGCCACAGAACCUGAUGAAGUGGAACCAAGUCCCCAAAGAGUCCAAGAACAGCUUUUGGAUGAUGACACUCGUGCACUUCAGGUGGAGCUGAGUAAUCUCCUUGAUGCUGCUCAAGAAACUGAAACCAAAAUGGUGGAGAUGUCUGCACUGAAUCACCUCAUGUCUACACAUGUUCUCCAGCAAGUUCAUCAGAUUGAGUAUCUAUACGAUCAGGCAGUUGAAGCAACGCAUAAUAUGGUGCUUGGCAACAAAGAGCUUACUCAAGCCAUACAGCGAAACAGCAGUAGCAGAGUGUUUCUUUGGCUGUUUUUUGUUGUACUUACUUUCGCAAUCUUAUUUCUUGAUUGGUAUAGCUGAUGAAUGUAGUAGGUAUAGAGGAUUCAGAAGCUGCAAGCUAAUUAUCAGUCAUCAAUCUAAAAGGCAGUAGAAAAUAUGUCCACGGUUCAUGACCAAAUGUACUGGUGGUGUGAGGCUAACAAUUCUCCAAUAUACAACGUACUUGUGAAAAAAUUUCUUUGUAUCCAUCGUUUUCAGCCUGAUAUAUACAAACUAGGAAAUUUCAUACUA